GAUGCGGACGCGCGCGCUCUCGUGCUCCUCAACGACCAGAAAAUCCCCUGCCCGGAAUGCGAUGUCGUCUUGUCCUCCCCCAGCGCUCUUUUUGAGCACAAGGAGGACAUGAUGAACAAAUGGCGCACUCACCUGUGCUGCGUCAUCUGCAAGAUCACGUACCGUAGCCCCGAAGCAUACCGUCUCCAUUAUCGCCUGUCUCAUAUCGCCAAACAGAGCCUCCAAUGCCCUGGCUGCAACGCAACAUUUGUCCGCGGAGCUAGUCUUUUCGCCCACAUAGAGCAAGGACACUGCGGUGGUCUCGGCAACUCGGCUAAGGCGUACACGAACGCGAAGCGCGAACAGACCAUCGGCUUCAUCCGCGCGCUUCAGGACAGGGACCUUGCCGCCCAGGCCGGCUUCCAGCUGGGCCCCGGCAAGACGGGCGACGACUACGGAGGAUACGUCGGCAAGCAGAGGGAGGCCUACGAUCUGACGGACGACGAGGUCGUCCGCUUCAGCCUCCUCCGUCUUGAAGAGGAGGUCCGCGAGAGCAAGGGCGCGUCGUUCGACCGCGAGCUUGACUUCCCCCCGCCAGGAUCCCGGGACUACCACCUUGGCAACUCGAAGCAGCCCGAUCUGCUGGGUGACGAGGAACCGGUCGUCCACAACCAGCCCGACAAGGGCGCCUGGGAUGCAGGCAGCAAGCAGCUGUUCCCCAACCCGCCGCGGGCGCUGGCGCCACCCACGGCCAGGUUGACGCCGCAGGAGCUCCUCGCCCUCCUGGAGCAGGUGGACAAGCAGACGCCGCACGACGAGCACGACCCGGACGUGCCCGGCUUCCACACGGGCCGCUACUGGGUCGAGGUUCUCAGCAAGUACAAGUGCCCGCACCCGCGUUGCGGCAAGUCGUUCAAGGUGCCCGGUGGCCUCGAGGGCCACCUCCGGUCCGAAACGCACAGGAGCGUGCCCUUCAUCUGCCCGCAGUGCAUGCGCAAGUUCAAGUCCAUCACGGCCCUGGCGCAGCACGCCGAGGCCGAGGGUAUCCGGUGCACCAUCCAGACGUCCCAGUCGUACCGCAUCUUCCUCACACAGCUGACGGGCGCCGUGCUCGACGUCGACGGCAGCCACGACGACAGCUCGCCCAGGUACGUCGUCACCGAGCAGGCCAAGCGCGACCUGGGCGACGGCGUCGAAGGCGUGUUGAGGGUGCUUGACGCGUCCAAGGGCACGCAGCGGCAGGUGCCGCGGUCGACUCUGGCCGCUGCCCCCCUCCCCAAGCUGCUGGCGGCCAGGGAGCGCCAUGAGAAAUUCUGCGAGGACUACAGGAAGGAGGUGAUUGAGAAGCAUGCUGCACAGGUUGGACAGCCCAGCGGCGACCAAUGGUAGGAUAUCUUUCUACCUAUUCAGAACACAUGUGUUUGUGAUCGCGGCACGGAAUGGGAUUUACGGGAGCGAAUCGUGUUUGACCGAGAUGGAGAGGGGAAAAGGUAAUAUCAUGUCCGUCG